CUUUGUUUGCCUACAGUCUUAUGAGAAGAUAUGAACAACGUCAUUUGGAAGGUUAUUUUUGUCUCAUUGCUCAUGACAUUUGAGCACAUGAGCUGCAGUGAAGACCAAUCAUUUAAUGACGCCUCAGUGCUUAGACUACCACAAUCAUAUCACAUUGACUGGAUGAGAUCCAUUGAUGACAACAAGUUGAUCUCUGACAUCACCAUUCCCGGCACCCAUGACACCAUGGCCCUUCACGGUGGCCCGGCUGCAGAAUGCCAGGCCUGGUCAUUGGCAGAUCAGCUAAGGGCAGGCAUACGCUAUCUGGAUCUCCGGGUGUUUGCCUUUGACCAUAAGCUCUACAUCAUGCAUGGUGUGAUUUAUCAGCACACUACAUUUACUGAUGUGCUGAGCACUCUUCGGGACUUUCUAAAGGAGUACAGGAGUGAAGCUGUUUUCGUGAGGGUAAAACCAGAUGGCCAACUGUUUGAUAAAGAUGAGGUUGAGGGGUUGGUUGAAAAGCUCAUUGUUGGUGAUGAAGAUUUCUGGGUUGAGUCAGCUAUACCAAGGAUGGGUGAGGUUAGAGGCAAGAUUGUGUUACUGCAGAAAGACAGCUUUAAGUUAGGUAUUCCAAUUCUGGGUACUGACAAGAAGGGUGACUACGAGGUUACCCACAUUCCUGAGAAAGAGCGUAUGAUCGAGACACAUUUGAAAGAGGCUGAGGGAGCCUGUGGUGGUGGGGAUUAUGUUGUACUGUCUUACUCCAGUGGGACUGGCAUUGGCACACUGGAGGGCAUGUUUUUAACGCCAAAAAGAGUAGCUGAGAAAAUUGAUCCUUGGUUCUAUGGCUAUCUGAAUAAGCUUGACCCAGAAAAGGGAUCCUGUUUUGGCAUCAUUGCCAUGGAUUUUCCUGGCUUAAACCUCAUACAAACUGUGAUCAACCUAAAUACAUUUUAGAUGUUAUACCAAAUGUGUAAUCACUAAUCAAAUCUAUGCAGAAUAUAAUAUAUAAUCAAAAGACUGCAUUGUAGUCAGCAUAUGUUGCACAAAUACAAAUCCAUUUGCAUGAUUUUAAACCGUGAGAACCUUUCAAUCAAAUAGCUUAUCCUCUAAUAAAGUGAUAGUUGAGGGCACUCUUGGAAUGUGAUUUAAAACAUCAAUUGUUGUUUAUUCAGGGAAAACUGACUGAGCAUUAAGCUCUUUUACAGCAAUGCCCUGCGUUUACAAACAAAGAGAAUCAAACAAAAACAAUUAUGUAGACAGAUGAAGACACAAAUAAACAAAUAGACCCACAAAUACAAUAGAUAGAGCGGCGUGACUCGCCAGCAUAACUGUAACCCAGAACACUUAUUUUAAAUAAGGCUAACAAAUAAUAAUAAAAUGUUUAAAAAAAAAAAAAAAACUAAACAGAUGUUUAACUCAAAGUUGUAUCAACACUUGAU